AGAAGCUUCUUAUAAUGGCACACUGGAAGGAAGUGCUUGUUUUGAAUUAUGGUGGUUAUGCAGAAACCUCUGGAAUUUGCUCCUAAGAGGUUGAAAGUUUGUUUUCAUCGAGAGCAGAACUUGAGAAUCUUUGUAGGUUUGUGAGCAUGGCCUUUUCCCACUGCCUGCAAGGCUUUGCAGGACUGUUCUACAGAAAUGGAGUUCCCACAUCGCUUGGGUGAAUGAUUUUGGCCUGCAUUUUUGCCGUGACUUGAUGUGUAAUUAUUACCCACAGUUAAAGGUGGUUGUUCGUAUGCUUUAGUAACAGCAGCAUCGCUGGUGCUGCCACGUGCUGAGCGUCACUGUGCUGACCCUGCUGUCUUUGCCCCUUUCUGAGCAUCAGUCAGAUCCAUUCAGCUCACCUGACGUUUAUUUUCUGGUGCUCUGAGCAGACCCUGUGUGUGUGCUGCAAGGAGUGAAGUUGUGCUGCUGUGUUCUGAUCACUCGCAUUAAGUACUUGUGUGUCUGGAUGCUUUGUGCAGAGCCUGGGUGUGCUCUUGGCUGGGACGUCCUGCUUGUUAUCUGUGCUUCCUGCUUGGUUUUUGUUUGGUUGGUUUUGUUCAAGGCUGAUUUUGCUUCAAAAACUGUUGCGUAUAGACAUGACGUCUCCUUAGAAUUGCAAUAAAUGUGACCUUAUUUCAGGAAAGGAGGUCUGGAUGGGAAUUAGAAGGUUACCUGUGUUAUCUUGAGUGGCUCUCAAAGCAGAGGAGCUGCGCGGUGAGUUGAGGCAUCUCAGUGGCAGCACUUCAGCCCAUUGGCACAACUUCCACAGGUUUGUUUUGAAGUGAGGUCGCAGGGGAUGCGAUGGCACACAAAGCAUCGCAGCUCCUUGCAGCAUGCAGAUGUGCUGCCAGCUCAGCAUCGGCCAUCACAAAGGCUGCCCAGGCUCAGGGUUGGUGUAGCCCAUUCCAAAGUGGAUUGAUGCUCUGUUUGGGGUUCUGCUGCUCCCUCGGAUGCCCUAAUGGCCAUCAUGAGAGCAGGAUCUCACAGGGGGUGCUGGCACGUGGCUGUCAGACGUUGAAGGCUCCUCCUCUGCCACCAUUUACAGAAAUGUGUUACUGGAUUCGUGUAAACCUGUAUGUGCCUCUUGUGAAACUAGUUCAGCGUCGCUAGAUUGUUCCUCCUGAUUUGGGCAGGAUCAGGUGUCUGGCACUUCUUGCUAGGCAGAGCUCAUUCUUUAGAUAUGCAAGUGGGCUGUGCACAUCUUACUUUUUAAUCAAGGGACAGGCUCCCAGAACAGAGCGCUGCAGUGAGAGCAUCACGCUGGAAGCAGUGCUGAAUGUCAGAGCAGAGCUUGUUCCAGAUGCUCACUUUUCAGCUCUGUGGAUCCGUUCGUACUUCAGGGUUUUGCUGUGUGCAGAGGCAUUGGUUUUUAUUCUUUGCUAUAUCAAAAAGUAGUAACAUGAAAGGAGACGCAGUGCUGCUUUUUUUUCUGUAACACCACUUCCUAAUAAUUAGGCUUCUAUGAGUUUGUGUGAUAGGAAGUGUAAAACCAACAGAGUCGUUUGGCCUUUUGGGUGGUGGUUCUUCAAAGCCCUGUCUGUGGAGGUGGUAAUUCCACAGAGGAAUGGUGACAGACUGAUGGGGGGAGGACGUGCAGAGGCAGUUUUCAGUUAAAACCAAUACAUCUGUACCUGCAGCUGAGGGUGCUGAGGCACAGCACUUGUCUGUGCUUCUGCCUUGUUUCUUUACAGCCUCCAUCUCACUGCAGGUUGAGCCACAUCCUGAAGGUGCUGGGAAGGAACACGCUGCUGCCAUGGAGCGCUGUGCAGAAUGGGCUCCUUCUCAUCAAGCCGGGCUGGGAGCAGCGCUGUGCCAUGCAAAGCACCUGCCAGCAGAUGCCUGGUGGUGGGGGCUGGUUCCUCCUUCCCUGAGAGCCUCACAGCUUCUCAGCGCGUCCCUCUGGCGCUCUUACUUUGCAUAUCCCUUCAGAUAUUUGGAUAAAUCGCAUUUAGAUCUGCUCUCCACCCACCUGGUUUGUUCAGCUGCUGCUGGGCAUGGCCUGCUUGGGGCUGGAGGUGGGAGAUGGAGGCUGUCUUUGUGCCUGGCCCUGUGGCAGUGCCCCGGCUCCUGCCCUCUAUGGCCACUUCUUCCAGCUGAGGAGCUUUUUCAGGUGGAACUGCAAGAACCCAGAGCUCUGAGUUUAGUUUGCAGCUGUUCUGCAGCUUGUGUUGCCAGUAGCAACUUCUUGCUUGAAAGUGCAUCAAGGCGUCCAGGGGGAGACGGCUUCAUUUGGCUGCUUCCCCUUCCCAGGCAUUAAAGAAAGAUCCUUGUUGGGGCUCUAUUUAAAAACAAAACAACCACAGACAGCAGCAGCGUCUUCAUGGCUGCUUUGUGCUCCUACGAAGUGAGGUCCUUAAGCACUUGUCAGCUGCCACAGGGUUUUGUAAGUUUAACGUCUGCAAAAGGUGUUCUGCUCUGGUGAGCAGAAAAGCUCUAAUUGCAAAGUGUUGCUGCCUUGGUUCUUGAGAUGUGCUGGCUAAUCUGCUCUGUAAUCACCUCCAGGCAUUUUAUGCCCAGGCCUCAGCAUUUUGGCCUCCUUUUCCCUGUGUCUGGAAACAGAAUGUUAUCCUUCACGGGGCACCCAGGGGCUGUUCGGAGGGGAUGCAUGGUGUCAGGGUGGAUGCAGCCCACUCCUACGUGGCCAUUUCUUACCUGGUGUGUGCUUUGAGGGCCUUGGGCUUUGGGAUUUGUUUGCUUGUGCCGAGUGGAGUUAUGUGAGAUGGGUUUGAGCCUCUGUCAUUCAGCAGCAGGAUGAGGUGGGAGAGCCUGGAGCUCGUGGGGAUCCACAGGAGGAAGUCCUGGGGUGGGGGAAGCAAAGUGGAAGGGUGCUGUCGAAGUUCCCUGCGUAUCAAAGCAGAUAAACAGGGUGAGAUGCUGAUCCCAUGAGCCCACAGGACUGCCUUCCCACUAGCUCAGGGGGUUUAUCUCCAGCCCUGGGGUGUUUUUUCUGCUGCUGCUAUUCCUGAUAGGAGGCGUUCUUAAAACGCAGGAACGCAGUUCCCCCGGGUGAAGGAACUUACCUAAUGGUGCAGGAAUGGUUCUGUUAUUGAAGUUGGUUUCAUGGAGCCAACGCUGAGGGUUUGCAUGGAAGUUUGGGUUUUUCUGUUUUCUUUUUCUUUACAGUCUUCCUCUAAUGCUUGCAGGCAUAUUCAAGGUCCCUUAUGUAUCUCUCCUAGUGGGAACUAAGAACUGGAAUAAUGCCUUAGUAGACUUAGGCUUUUAUUUCAGAGUCUCCAUUAUUUCCUUCUGUAAGUUUUAUGAAGAAACCAGACUAUGGGCAGUUCUUCUGCCUGCUCGGAGGCAAUCUCCUCUCACUUCUCAGUAGUCACUCUCCAUUGCAGUUCUGAAACCAGUGCUGUGUGUGCUCUGCAGGUGGGAAUUCUCGGCCUUCAUCAGGAGGCCCCUUUAAAUUCUGGGUGACCGAAGCAAACCGUUUCCAGCUCCUCCUUCCCAGUUUGGAUGAGUGACAGAGGCUUACACCUAAUGCUUCAUUUGCCCUUGCAUGUAAUGCUGUGUUGAUGCCAGAGCUUUCUUCCCCUUUGCUCCAUCUUUAACCUAUUGCUUCUUAGGGUUCUGUUGCAUUCCAGUGCAGCAUCUAAGCAGGCUGAAAGCAAGACAUCUGUGGUUUUGAGUCAGGCCUGAGAAGUGAUUUGGCGUGGCACCAGGAUGAAUGGCAUCUCCAGUUGCAGCAAGGAUCCCAUCCAGUGUCAGUGCUGAAAUAUUGCCAGUUUCCAGCAUGUCUACAGAUGGCAGCUUCGCCACAGGCAGCAGCAGCGAUGCCCAGCAGAGCCUGCAGUCCUUCUGGCCCCGCGUCAUGGAGGAGAUCCGCAACCUCACAGUGAAAGACUUCAGGGUUCAGGAGCUGCCCCUGGCUCGGAUUAAGAAGAUAAUGAAGCUAGAUGAAGAUGUGAAGAUGAUUAGUGCUGAGGCUCCUGUGUUGUUCGCCAAGGCAGCUCAGAUAUUCAUAACAGAACUGACUUUGCGAGCCUGGAUCCACACAGAAGACAACAAGCGCAGGACUCUGCAGGUAACAGCAGCUCCUACCUGGCCUUCAGCAGCUUCAGAAACUGUUUCCAACUCUUUGUUUUCAUAAUAGGAGGUGUGUUCU